AUGGUUCUUCAUCAGUACGACUACAUUUUUGCUGUUGGCACGAUAUUCGCAUUCCUGGAUGCCUGGAACAUUGGUGCCAAUGACUGCGCCAACUCCUGGUCGACGUCUGUUUCGUCGCGAUCCCUAAAGCACUGGCAGGCCAUGGUUCUGGGAUCUAUCAUGGAGUUUGCUGGAGCUGUUGGUGUGGGAAACAGCGUUUCCGAUACUAUCCGUACCAAGAUUGUUGAGAUCGAUGCCUUCGCCAACAACGCCCCUCUCCUCAUGCUUGGAAUGUGCUGCGCCGUGGUUGCCUCCGCUAUCUAUCUCACCAUCUGUACCAAGAUCGGCCUUCCUGUUUCUACAACCCACUCUAUUCUGGGUGGUAUUCUUGGAAUGGGUAUCGCGCUUGUCGGUGCUGAUGAUAUUAUCUGGUGGGGAGGUGAUAUCAACUCCGGCGUCGUCCAGGUGUUCCUUGCCUGGGUCAUUGCACCACUCUUAUCUGGUGUCGCUGCUGCACUUGUCUUCUUGGUCACCAAGUAUGGUAUCCUGCUGCGGAAGAAUCCCGCCCUCAAGGCGUUGUUCACCGUUCCAUUCUAUUUCCUCCUGACUAGCGCCCUCCUUACUAUGCUUAUUGUCUGGAAGGGUGGCAAAAGCAGGAUUGACCUCAAUGGGGGUGAGAUAGCUGGAACUGUUAUCGGUGUAGGCGUUGGCAUGGCUCUUCUCUCUGCCGUGUUCCUUUGCCCCUGGAUCUACCGCAGAGUCAUCAAGAGUGACUGGGAACUCAAGCCUUGGCAUCUGGUCUACGGUCCUCUUCUCCUCCGCCGUGGUGAAGUCCCUCCCCGCCCUUCUCAUGUGAAGACCGUCCGUGACUAUUAUCGCGGUCACAAAACCCUAGAGGAACUGGAAGCCGAGCGUUCCACAGAUCUCGAACAAAGCCACGGCACCAACAGUGAGCCUGUGUCACCCGAUCUAAAGGCACAGAGCGAGAUCACUGCCAACUCGGAUAACGAGACACAAUCCAUGGAUCCUGAUGUCAUCAACUUCUGUGGUCCCCGACCCGAGGGAGCAUGGUACAGCUCCCCCGUCCUGUUCUGGCUGCUGAAGAAGUCCUUCUUCAAUGGUAUCGAGCAAGACAUUGUUAGCGCCCAGAAGGGCGACAGCAAACUCGGCGGUGAUCUUGAAAAAACCCAUGCCCAUGCUGCCCACUAUGAUAACGAAGCGGAGUACAUGUUUUCUUUCCUUCAGAUUCUGACAGCCUGUACUGCUUCCUUCACCCAUGGUGCGAACGAUGUUGCCAAUGCUGUCGGCCCUUACGCAACUAUCUAUGCUAUCUGGAGAACUGGUGCCCUUGAAGGCGCUAAGACCGAGGUCCCUAUGUGGAUUCUUGUCUUCGGUGGUGCCGCUAUCGCCAUCGGUAUCUGGACAUACGGUUAUCACAUCAUGCGCAACCUGGGCAACCGCCUUACCCUGCACUCUCCCUCUCGUGGAUUCACGAUGGAGCUCGGUGCUGCCAUUGCUGUUAUUAUUGCCACCAGGUUGAAGCUCCCCGUCUCCACUACCCAGUGUAUCACUGGCGCUACCGUCGGUGUUGGACUUUGCAACGGCACUUGGCGAACGAUCAACUGGCGCAUGGUUUCCUGGAUUUACAUGGGUUGGAUCAUCACGCUUCCCUGCGCCGGUAUCAUUGCUGGUUGUCUGACAGGAAUCAUCGUGAACGCGCCUCGUUGGGGUAUGUCCAAUUGA